CGCCGUCGCCGUCGCUGCCUCCUCAGCCCCCUCUUAUUCUUGGCUGACCAGCCAACUCGUCGACUCCCCCCGCCACUGCCGCCGUGUACUUGUGCUCGCUGUGUUCUUCUCUCCAUCAACACAUUUUCUUUGUCCAUCAGAUUGCAACUCACGAGGCUGAUGGAAAUUCCCUUUCUCCAUCUCAUAUAGAAUCACCCGAACUAGCAGCCAUGCAGGAGAAAGCUCACAAAGGUUCUACAAGUUCUGGAUCCAAGGAUGAAUCUCGUGAUCGUACAAGAGACCGGGAGAGGGAGUCUAAAAGCAGAGAUAGGCCAAGGGAAAGAGGUAGAGACAGGGACAGAGAGAAGGAUAGGGAAAGGGACAGGGACAGGGACAGGGACAGAGACAGGGAAAGGGAUAAGGACAGGGAUAAAGACAGGGAAAGGGAACGGGAUAAGGAUCGUGAUCGACAUCACCAAGAUUGCCACAGAGACCGAAGUGAGAGAAGGGAGAGGACCGGAGAUAGGGAUGAUGCUGAUGACUGCUACCGAAGCCGAGACUAUGAGAGGCGGAAAGAUUAUGAUAAAGAUAGGGAGGAAAGACACCGGCACAGAUCUAGGUCUCGUUCAAGGGAUAAAUCUGAGCACAGAUCGAGGUCACGGUCACGUUCACGCUCCAAAAGCAAAAGGAUGAGUGGUUUUGACAUGCAUCCUCCUACUGCAUUGCUUCCAAAUACUGCCGCUGUCGUUGCAGGUACAGCCAAAUAGUUGGCCUACAGUUUUCUUUUUUUGUUAACUAUUAUGUUUCUUUUCUGUGAUA